AUGGUGGAGAAGUGGUUGCCCUUUUCGUUGGUUGAAAAUCCCCGACGCCUCGUAGUGCACGGAUACGUACAAAAGUACGAAAUAUGUCCCGGUUGUACCUACAUGCCUCCAUACCGCCACAAGCUUCAGGCGGGCAUGCAUAGAUCCGAGCGUCAACCCCAGAUCUCACCUCGGGAGCCAUGUCUCGAACUGAGGGAAGUGGCAGAUAUUCGUUUGCCACACCACGUUUCCGGGUCCGCGGUUGUGGGCUCUGGCUGUCCCAAGGAGAGCCAACCGGAGCCGGUAGUUCUGAGCCCAGAGAUUUUUAGAUCGCCCCGGAAGCCGGCCCCGGCCGCAAGAAGUAUGCUAGCGCCCUUCAGAUCUGAGCUAUCGCCUUUGCUCGCAAGCUCGCCUGGCCACCUGCAGGUCAAGACAGAUGCGGCAGGUCAUAUCGACAAGGAGGACCCGCUUUGGUGCCAGCGGACACGCACCAAAGUCACUUUUUUUUGCCCUUCGCGCGCUUCUGGCUCCGGCGGCCAUGAUCAUGGGCAGCGUCAUCUGAGCCGCAAUGCUACCCCGAAAGCCUGGGCCGUUUCAUUUCCAGCGACCCGUCCGAUGCGGUCCGUCCAGGUUCCCGGCGAUGAUGAGGGCUUCCCCGACGGGGCUAACAGCGGCCUUAGACAAGGAAAGUGA